ACACGGUCACUCUGGCAGUUUUGUUCUUGAUUUUGUCGCCGUUUUUUAUGUGUUUCCUGUCCGGUGUUUAAAUUGUUUUGGAUUUCUCGAGCAAUAUAUAUUUAUAUUCUGCAGUAGCCGACCGAUAUCGGCGAUCAAGCCGCUGCAGCGGUUAAAGUGAUCAAUAUUUAAUAAAAUAGUGAAGUGCAUAGUUCAGUGUGUGAAAAGUACGUGAUGAUUUUCCGCAAAUAGUAGAUAAAGGCAAACCCACACGCAUACCAGUGCAAAAUAUAUACAUAAAUUGGCCGAAAUUAUAGCGCCCCGUGCGUGUGUGUGAACAAGCUUCUAAAAAAAAACAUCAAACAAUGUCGGCACGUUCCAGCGGCAUGGUGGCCGCUGCAGCUCUACCCGCUUCAUCUUCUUCCUCGGCGGCCGGUGGCGAUGUACCACGCCCACCGCCUCGCAGGCGGGCAGCUUCUGUUGCAGGACAACAGCAAACACGGCUGGAAUACGGCAACGGACACACGCCACGUCGAUCGUUGGCAGCAGUGAACGACUCUGGCGACUCGUAUCACCUGCGAAUUGUCGUGCUCAGCGGCCUGUCGCUGGCCAAAAAGGAUAUUUUCGGCGCCAGCGACCCGUAUGUCAGAAUCGAUUUGAACACAAUCAACGGUGAUAUUAAUAUUGACUCUGUUUUGACGAAGACCAAAAAGAAGACACUGAACCCAGUCUGGAACGAAGAGUUCAUAUUCAGAGUUAAACCGUCUGAGCAUAAGCUUGUGUUUCAAGUAUUUGACGAGAAUCGCCUGACACGCGACGACUUCCUGGGCAUGGUGGAGCUGACCCUGGUGAAUCUGCCCAACGAGCAGGAAGGCCGCACCAUCGGAGACCAAAGCUACACUCUGCGCCCGCGCAGGUCAGUAGGCAGCGCCAAGUCCCGCAUCAAGGGCACCCUGCGCAUCUACCACGCGUUCAUCCGGGAGACGCGGGAGCAGAGCGAGCCGUCCAGCGGCAACAGCGACGGCGAGUGGGAGCACGUGGAGGCCACGAAUGCCGGCGAGACCUCCGCCCAGCCGCAGCACUCCUUUCCCACUGGCGGACAUGAUGCCCUGCCCGCUGGCUGGGAGGAGCGCCAGGAUGCCAACGGGCGCACGUACUAUGUAAAUCACACCGCCAGGACGACCCAAUGGGAGAGGCCUACAGUUUUAACCAGCAACAGUAGCCAAUCCACUGACCAGUUGGCCUCGGAUUUCCAGAGACGAUUCCACAUCAGCGUGGACGAAACGGAGUCAGGACGCUCGGCGGACACCAUCAGUCGCAAUAGUUUAGAGGACAAUAACAAUGCUGCUGGCUUGGAAGCAACACCAACAGCAACAGCAGCGAGCACACCGACAACGAUCUCAACACCCAACACACCGACGAACAACAACAAUGGAUUCCCCAAUGGCCCAAUGGCCAUGCUAAACGGUCAAGAGGCCGCACAAACCGAUCCCACAGUGGACCACACCAGUUUCGUUUACAAUUCCCUGCGACAUCCUGUCGCCCAUAGGCAGCCCGAAAUCUCAGCGACCAGUCUGCAGAACGAUUUGCGGCCGGUGCGCGAGGCGCCCGGAUUGCCGGACUUGGCCAUGACCAACCUGUUGACGCGGCGGGCCGCGGCCAACAUGGCCGGCGCACGUGGUGCGGGACGACAGCAGCAGCGUCGGCGACAACAGAUGCAUCUGCACAUCCAGCAGCAUCAGCAGCGGCAGCAGCAACAGCAACAACAACAGCAGCAGACUAGAAUAUUGCUCGAUGCGGAUCACCGCCAGCCGGAGCUGCAACAUCGGGGGCAACAGCGGCGAUACCAGCGACAGCAAUCGCCACAUCGGCCACUGAAUGAAGACACCGAUCACACAGACAGCCACAAUCCCUCCGACAUCUCAGCUCCGUCCACACGACGCAAUUCCGAGGAAGACAACGCGGCUGUGCCUCCAAUGGAACAAAAUGCUGGAGGCGAGGAGGAGCCGCUGCCUCCGCGCUGGUCGAUGCAGGUGGCCCCCAACGGAAGGACCUUCUUCAUUGAUCACGCAUCGCGGCGGACCACUUGGAUCGAUCCGCGGAACGGUAGGGCCAGCCCAAUGCCAAAUCAGACGCGUCGCGUCGAGGACGACCUGGGUCCUCUGCCAGAGGGUUGGGAGGAGCGGGUGCACACCGAUGGACGCGUGUUCUACAUAGAUCAUAAUACGCGAACCACUCAGUGGGAGGAUCCGCGCUUGUCAAAUCCAAACAUCGCCGGACAGGCUGUGCCCUACUCCCGAGACUACAAGCAGAAAUACGAGUAUUUCAAGAGUCAUAUUAGAAAGCCUACAAAUGUACCAAAUAAAUUUGAAAUACGUAUUCGUCGUACAUCGAUUCUGGAGGAUUCGUACAGAAUUAUAAGUUCGGUGACCAAGACCGAUUUACUAAAGACUAAAUUAUGGGUAGAGUUUGAGGCCGAAACUGGCUUAGAUUAUGGUGGCCUCGCUAGGGAAUGGUUCUAUCUGCUAUCAAAAGAGAUGUUUAAUCCGUACUACGGACUCUUUGAGUACUCUGCCAUGGACAACUAUACGCUGCAGAUAAAUAAUGGCAGCGGUCUGUGCAACGAAGAGCAUCUAAGUUACUUUAAAUUUAUUGGCCGCAUUGCGGGCAUGGCUGUGUAUCAUGGAAAGCUGCUGGAUGCCUUCUUCAUUCGUCCAUUCUACAAGAUGAUGCUGCAGAAACCCAUUGACCUGAAAGACAUGGAGUCUGUAGACACGGAGUACUAUAACUCCCUGAUGUGGAUCAAGGAGAACGACCCGCGCAUCCUCGAACUGACCUUCUGCCUGGAUGAGGACGUCUUCGGUCAGAAGAGCCAGCACGAACUGAAGCCGGGCGGCGCCAACAUCGACGUGACCAACGACAACAAGGAUGAAUACAUCAAACUGGUUAUCGAAUGGCGUUUCGUGGCACGUGUCAAGGAGCAGAUGUCGUCCUUCCUGGACGGCUUCGGAUCGAUUAUCCCCCUGAACAUUAUUAAGAUUUUCGACGAGCACGAGCUGGAACUGCUGAUGUGCGGCAUACAGAACAUCGAUGUGAAGGAUUGGCGUGAGAACACUCUGUACAAGGGCGAUUACCACAUGAACCACAUAAUCAUUCAAUGGUUCUGGCGGGCGGUGCUCUCCUUCUCCAACGAGAUGCGUUCGCGUCUGCUGCAGUUUGUUACGGGCACGUCACGCGUGCCCAUGAACGGUUUCAAGGAGCUGUACGGCUCCAAUGGCCCCCAGAUGUUCACCAUCGAGAAGUGGGGCUCGCCCAAUAACUUCCCAAGGGCACACACCUGCUUCAAUCGCCUGGACCUGCCGCCCUAUGAGGGCUACCUGCAACUGAAGGACAAGCUGAUCAAGGCCAUCGAGGGCAGCCAAGGCUUCGCUGGAGUUGAUUAAUAACACCGGCAACGGGAGUGAUAGCGAGUGGCUGUGGCUGGAGGUGCAUCAGCAGUUUCAGCAGCGCCAGCAGGAGGAACAGCUACAACGAUUACACACAUCACAAGAACCGCAGGAUCAACAACAUCGACGACUUGAGCAGCAGCACCAGCAGCAGCAGCGAAAUCAGCGGCUCAACCGCAACCUCAUUGCAUCCACUUGGGAUAGCACCGCCAGCAGAUCGUGUACUUAUUUGUUCGUUUGCUUUUGUAUUAUAAUCAUUUUUGCUAGUUUAGUGUUAUUUCGUAUGUAUUUUAACUAGGCGCCAAAACUCACACACAACACACACACACACCUUACACAAGCAGAGGAGAGACGGAUCCAAAUAAAACUGCGCAUGGUGAACCACAAGAACCUAACAAAGAGUCCAAAUUAUAUAUAAAUAUAUUUAUUACAUUGCCGACAAUUGUAAAAAGUUGAAAACGUUUUACAAACUAAGUGAGAAGAGAGGAACCCAAAGCGAAGUAUUAAAUCUAUGGAGUCAAAAAUAUAUCUUCUAUGUAUAUGCAGAGAAACCUUUUUAUAAUUGUUAUUUUUAUGCGCUAUUCCUCUACAUAUGGCCACAGCAAAUACCUAAAGGCGAAAAAAAUAAAAUGAAAUGCAAGUUAAUAUUUGUAAUCUGAUGGAUGCAUAUUUUUAAACAAAUUAAAUUUUCUAUUCUGUAUAACUGUGUGUGUAUUCAUAAUAAUAAUAAUGUUAGUUCGUAAAAGUCGCUCUUUACUAUUUAAUAAAAAGACAAACAUCAAAUAUAUAUAACAAAAAACUCUGAAAACUACAACCUUAAAAAACACAAUCAAUGAUUAUUGUAUAAAUGUUAAUUAUAAACAGACACACAUUCCAAAUGUUGAUUGCGAAAGAGAAACUCUGCAGAAGGAGGCCUAUAUGAUAAUAUGAUUAUUAAACUAUCGGAAGUCUAUAAAAAUUAAAUUUUAAAGUCAAAUAAUGGUAUAAUGGUAUAUGGACUGGAACUUCUGUUUCGAAGUCAAAGGGCGACACAAAGAAAAUAAAUACCAAUAAAAAGGUUAAUUUUAAGUUA